UCAGGAGGGCGGGGCGAUGGGAGAGGAGGAGACGUGAUCGGAGGGCCAGAUGGGUGUUGCACUAGUGAUCCAGAAGGGCCUACUGAAGUGACCCAGUCACUGUAGUAUUCGGGCAGUAAAGACCAAGCAACAGCAUUUUUUUUUAAAAACACAAAACCAAAAACUGGAAGGCCUUUCGGCUGCAGUGACGCGAAACGUUUUUUUGGCCAGAAACCGAAAGAAGAAAUCGGAAGUGACGUCGCGGUCAAAACAAGCCGGGGUUUGGGGGCCUGCUGUGAAUCUGUGGCUGCAGAUGGAAAGGCCCAACUCGCUGUCGGCUGUCGAAGGACGACUUCAGGAUUAGGAAGAACCGGGCGGCUCCACUGCGGGCUAGCACAGUCGCCCAGCGUGUCUCUCCCUUCAUCCCUGGGCUCUGACGGAUCGAGAUUUUUCAAUAGCUGAAUUCCAAGAACACAGUGGAUACCACUCCUAUAAAACAAAGAGGAAAUCAUGAAGAAAUGUUUUAGUUAUUGAAACUACAGUUGAAAUCAUGGCUACAUCAGCAAAUCUGGAUAUUGGAGCCCAGCUGAUAGUGGAAGAGUGCCCCAACAGUUACAGUCUAACUGGCAUGCCAGACAUUAAAAUAGAACAUCAGCUGGACUCAAAUGCAGAAGAAGGAUCCGCUCAGGGUGUUGCCAUGGGAAUGAAAUUCAUAUUACCUAACCGAUUUGAUAUGAACGUGUGUUCUCGAUUUGUGAAGUCCUUAAAUGAAGAGGAUAGUAAAAAUAUUCAAGAUCAGGUUAACUCUGACCUGGAAGUGGCAUCUGUCCUAUUUAAAGCUGAAUGCAAUAUCCAUACAUCUCCUUCUCCGGGAAUUCAAGUAAGACAUGUCUAUACUCCCUCUACAACAAAGCACUUCUCACCAAUUAAACAGUCAACUACUUUGACCAACAAACACAGAGGAAAUGAGGUCUCAACCACACCUCUAUUAGCAAAUUCUUUAUCUGUUCAUCAGUUGGCUGCUCAGGGAGAGAUGCUCUACCUAGCUACUCGGAUUGAACAAGAAAAUGUUAUCAAUCACACAGAUGAAGAAGGAUUUACUCCUUUGAUGUGGGCUGCAGCACACGGGCAAAUAGCUGUGGUAGAGUUUCUACUUCAAAAUGGUGCUGAUCCCCAGCUUUUAGGAAAAGGUCGAGAAAGUGCACUCUCAUUGGCCUGUAGUAAAGGCUACACAGAUAUUGUCAAAAUGCUGCUUGAUUGUGGAGUUGAUGUAAAUGAAUAUGAUUGGAAUGGAGGGACACCUUUGCUUUAUGCUGUACAUGGAAAUCAUGUUAAAUGUGUAAAAAUGCUCUUAGAAAAUGGAGCUGACCCAACCAUCGAAACUGACUCUGGGUAUAAUUCUAUGGAUUUAGCUGUAGCCUUGGGCUAUAGAAGUGUUCAACAGGUCAUUGAGUCACAUUUACUGAAGCUGCUUCAGAAUAUCAAGGAAUAGACAUAGUCAUCAGGAAGUGUUGUCUGCCCUUCCAUUUACUUUUCGGCUCUUAUAAAUGAUAGUUUUGUUUACUUAUAAAUUUUUACCUCAGUUGCAAAAUUUACUGGUUUUAGUAAGUUUUAAUAUUCCUCUGAAUAAUUCACUGGUUUAUAAUAAAAUUAAUGUUGAUGCUUUUUUAUAAAUGUGUUUUACUGCAUAUUUAAAAUUAAAUUAAUGUUUUGUGGCAUGUAAAUUUUUAUGGUACAGAUAGUUAUCUGUCUUUGUAUCAAGUGCUGUAAUUUAACAUUUUCAAAAAUUACUCUACCCUGUUCAUCUUCACUGUUGUAUUAACUCAUUGACUUCACACAGGUUUGCUAUAAAUCUAAAGGAAAAAAAUUUGUUUUUGUUGAAUUUAAAAAUGCACAGUGUGAUUGUUUACAAAAUGAUGUUAUAAAUAAAUAAAGUACUUUUUCUGUUAGUUUG